UAGGCUCUAUGGUACAUUUGCAAAACAUCGCCACAAAAAUAUUGUAAAUAAUCAGUGAAAAUGAGCCCUGAAAGAGAUACACAAGAGUCGGAGGAUAUGCUUGAAUCGAUUGAUGAAUUAAAAGAGAGAUUGACUUCGAUGAAGAAGAUGAUGGAAGAAAGAAAGGCAACAGGAUCCGGCACUAAAGACCUCUUUCAAGGUCACGCGCGUAGCCUUCAAGGCACCACAAUGAUAGACGGGAAUUUCCUCUCUUUCGUCUUCGGUGGCUCCCUCUUUGUUAUUAUCAGCGUGUCUGUCUACGCUUUUUAUAAUCUGUAUCACGCUGUCCUGAAGAAGUUCCCAUCGACACACACGGAGUUGUAAAGUGUAUUUUAAAUUGAAGACCAUAAAGUCGGUAAUGCAAUGUUUGGUGAGAUUAAAUUAUGUUGUAA